AUGGCUGAUGAAAUGUUUUUACCGCCACCACUAUCAGCAAUAGCUUAUUCUUCUUAUUCACCCGAAUCAAAAAGCAUCAUUUGUGAUUAUCUAGACGAAGAGGAAGAAGACGAAUCUAUUCCAGUAGUUUAUUCUCCAACACAACAAUCAUCAGUAUUUUAUGAGUAUCAAAAUAAUCAACCAUCAAAAGGACAAUUGGAUUUUGUCCAUUAUGGCCAUGAAGAUAAUCCCGAGGAAACAUCGGACUUCGUCGUUGAUGUACCUAUUCAACGAGUGUCUUCCGAAGACGAGUUGAAUUUUUUUGCCAAACGUAAACGUGCAAAAUUCAUUGGCCCCUAUCUAUUUGGUGAUGUUAUUGGACAUGGUUCAUAUGCAAAAGUGAAAGAAUGUCUAGAUGGCCGUAAUUUAUGUCGACGUGCUGUUAAAAUCAUGCAAGCACGUCGCCUACGUAAAACACCACACGGAGAAGAAAUGGCUGAAACAGAAAUACGUUUAUUAAAAAAAUUAAAUCAUCCAAAUGUAAUACGAUUACAUGAUUUUAUACGAAAUAAUGAAAAACAAAAAUUAUAUUUAUUUAUUGAUUUAUGCGUUGUCUCUUUACAAGAUAUGCUUGAUGCUAACGAACACAAACAACAGCUAAAAACAUUUCCGACGUGGCAAGCACAUAAUUAUUUCGUACAGUUAAUUAACGGACUAGAAUAUCUGCAUUCAAAACUUAUUAUUCAUAACGAUAUUAAGCCAGGAAAUCUAUUGAUCACUGUUGAUCAUCAAUUGAAAAUUACUGAUUUCGGAACAGCUGAACAACUUGAUAUGUUCAGCCCUGAUGAUACAAUUAAACGUAGUCAAGGUACUCCUGCUUUCCAAUGUCCUGAAAUUGCUAAUGGUGAAGAUACUUAUAAUGGAUUUUCUAUUGAUAUAUGGUCAUGUGGUGUCACAUUAUAUAAUCUUGUCACUGGACACUUACCAUUUGAUGCUGAUAAUAUUUAUCUAUUGUUUCAAACUAUUGGUAAAGGUGUUUAUAUAAUACCCAGUGAUAUGGAAACGAAUUUAACUACACUCAUUCAUGGUUUAUUACAUAUUGAUAAUCGUUUACGUUUCACAGUACAACAAAUAAAACAACACGAUUGGUUUCGAAGACGACCACCACGUACUUUUGACUAUUUGCCAUUUCCUAGUUUAGCAUUAAAUCGUUUUCAAACAUUUAAAAUGUAUGAUUAUCUGAGUGAAUUACAUCAACCAUCAGUUAAAUUCGAGAAUAGUAAUCAAGAUGAACCAAUGAAAGUAUCGGACCAUUCUAUGGCGAACGUGAAGGCAACAUUUGACAAUCAAUCUAAUCAACAAGAAAUAGAACAGAAUGGUCGAUCAACACUUACUUGUAAUGAAACCAUGAGUGGUCAAAAUAUAAAUCAAAUUAAAAUACGAAAUAGACGUGAAGCUCGUAUAUGCUCUAUAUCAUAA